AUGCUGCAGNNCGCUCCGCUCACACCUCCAGCACCGAACAAGCCGCUGCCCAUGCCAGUUCCUCAUCAUCUACUAUACUUCGAGCCUACAAAACCUCCCUCAGAUUUGCUUCCCGAUGGCACCAAUCCAGAUCACUCGCCCGGUGACCCCUUUGUUCGCCGCAUGUGGGCUGGUGGCAGCGUCAUGUUCGACUCCAAGAAGCCUUUGCUCAUGGACAAUAGCCGUGCUGUGUGCCUCGAAGGCAUCCGAGAUGUCGCCGUCAAAGGCAAGCCUGGAGACGAGAAGGUCUUUGUCGGCAUUGAACGCCGCAUUGCCCCCUUGAACAAAGAAGAAGAGACCGCCAUGGCCGAUGCCAAUGGUCAUCAAGACAAAAUACUUGCUUUGGAAGACAAGAUCAGGAAGAGGUUGUGGAUGCCUUCUGAUGUUGAGUUCGGUCCUGCAAACAUCAUUGAACGCCGCAACAUUGUCUUCAUGCGCGAGAGAACUCCAGAAGAAGCGAAACAGGCUGUUGCUGCUUCCAGAAAGCCUGGAAAGAUGUUGAAGCCCCAACAUGAACCCGACUUCCACCAUACACUCCGUCCAGAUGCGCAAUUACUGUUCCGAUAUAGCGCGUUGACUUUCAAUGCCCACUCCAUUCACCUGGAUACCCAAUAUUGUCAGAACGUGGAAGGCCACAGACACUUACUGGUUCAUGGUCCUCUUUCAUUCACUCUCAUGUUGACAGUCUUGCAACAGCAGCUUGCAAAAGAGGGAGGCUAUGAGCAGAUAAAGUCGGUCGAGUACAGAAACCUUGCACCGUUAUACGCCUAUGAUCCGUUGAAGAUCUGCGGAAGAAAGUCUGAUGAUCAGAAGUACGAGGUUUGGGCCGAAACUCCGGAAGGUGGCAUCGCUGUGAAAGGUACCGUCAAAACGGAAAGGCUGUAA